AUGGUACGUUCUGCAAACCGUAAACGUGAAAUAUUCUUUUUUAAACAGUCAAGUAUUGGCAGGCUUGCGAUAAUUGGAUGUGCUAUUGUCUUUAAUAAUGGAUCACGUUUUCUCACCGAUAAAUGGGCUUUAUUUGCUGCGUCUACAAUUGCUUGGGAAUUGUUGCAUGUCUUAGAUGGGUAA